GGAUAGACAUGAUCACCGCCUGUGACAUCCGCUUGUGCUCGCAGGACGCGUGGUUCCAGGUCAAGGAAGUGGACGUCGGUCUGGCAGCUGAUGUGGGGACUUUGCAACGUUUGCCGAAAGUCUUGGGAAACGCCAGCCUGGUGUGUGAGCUGGCUUACACAGCGAGGAAGAUGAUGUCAGACGAGGCUUUGAGCUGCGGGUUGGUGAGCCGGAUUUUCCAGGACAAGGAGUCACUCCUGGACGGAGCCUUCGAAAUGGCCUCCGAAAUUGCCAGUAAGAGUCCGGUGGCCGUGCAGGGAACGAAACACAACCUGAUCUACUCCAGGGAUCACUCGGUGAGGGAAGGUCUGGACUACAUGGCCACCUGGAACAUGGCGAUGUUGCAGACGGAGGACGUGGUGAAAUCGGCUCAGGCGUCCAUGGAGAAGAAGCUCCCCAAAGACGUGCCUUUUUCCAAACUGUGACGGCUCAGCUCCCAACCCUUCACCCUCUCCCC